CGGAAGGCUGAGGGCAGAAGGAUGAGGACGGAGUUCGGAUUACUGACGGCUGAGAAGGGAGGGUAGAAGAUGGAGGUGUGAUUGUAGAUUAGGACGAUGGGUGACGGCAAAAGCAACCGAUGCGCCAUUCUGAAGGCAUAGGACAUUGCAUGCAGGACAGGUACACUGCAGUUCAGUCUCCAUAGAAGUUACCUUGCUGUAUUAUAUGAGAAUUUAGGUAGCUAAGAGACUCUCCAUAAUACUCAAUGGCAAGCCCAGCUGCUAUCUCUCGGCGUAUUCAUCAGAAAAAGAUCAAUUUAACUUCACUGCCACUAUACUAUGAGGGUAACCUAUGGAUCAGACAAGCCACGAGAAAGGAAUGCAAAUACUGGACUGAGCUACGUGGGACAAAGCUAUUUCUUUACACUGAUAAACUGCAAGAAAAGUCUAUUGACAACAUAGAUCUGCAGUCGUUGGUUUCGGUCACAAAUGGAUGUCCACAACAGAAACAAUCAGCAGAGUUAAUUUUAAGGUUGGCAAAAGAGGAGAUUUAUUUAAAGACAGAAACACCUGAAGAUAUUGAGGAAUGGAAGGGCUUCAUUCUGACAGUGGUAGAGCUUUCUAUUCCAAACUAUGUAAGUUUGUUACCUGGACAAAUACUCCAACUGAAGGAAACUCUAGAGAAGGAAAAAGUAAGAAGAAAGAAUGAACAAAAUACAGAUGCUAGCUCUUCAUCAGCCCAGAUUGAUGAGACAUACGAAGAUGCAUCCAGAAUGCCAGAGUGUUUUCAGGAAGUAACUCGACAAGAAGCAACAAAUAUUCUCAACAAGAUGUCAGAGUUUGGAAAUCUUAUUUUGCGGCCAGGAACAAACUCAAACAGUUUUGCUGUUUCUAUAAAAGAGCCUCUUCAGACGCCUUCAGACCGCCCUCAGAUUAAACAUUACAGGAUUCUAAGCACAGGAACUGGUUAUACCAUUGAACUUGAGGAUCCAGUUAACGUGAAUAGUCUUGAUGAAGUUGUGAAUUUUUUUGUAACAGAAACCAGAGGGAAGCUGAUCCCAUUGCUAAAACAUGUAUAUGACAGAGAACUUGGAAAAGGCUCUCUGUAAAAGAAGAAAACCAAAAAAAUAAAAAAACCACAGCACGAACUAGGAUGUGGACUGAUGCAUUAAGCUGACAAUAACGCUUGGAGUUGGAGUUGCUUAUUAUGCAAAACAAAUCUUGUGUUCCUCCUGGAUCCUGCAAAGGUCAUCGAAUUGUAAAAUUCGAAGGAUUGAAUAAUGAAAACAUAAAAAAAAAACAGCCUUGACAGUGCCGCUCCUGCCAUGAGACAAGAUGAAAAUCUGGCCCCAGGUGGCAGUGUACAACACAUCACCAGUAUUACCUUGAGCCAAAAUUCAGUUGUUUUUACUGGAAAUUCUAAUUGCAUUUUCUGCAUUGAAUAAGAAAACAUUAUAUUACAGUCUUGGCAAAGUCAGGGCACAGAAAAAAAAGCAUAGUAAGGUAAGGGUGGGGCAGCAUUGGGUUGGUUACCUUAGGCAGCAUGUGGCUGAGAGACAGUCUUGAGUUGUGGCCAUACAAAACAAAGGGGGGUAACCCCGAAACGUUGCAUUGCACUCCACUUCAAUAAAUCACUGAAAUUUUCAUGCAGACCGGAGUGCCGUGAGGUUUUUUCUACAUUACAUACAAAAUGACAGCAACACUUUUGCAUUGCAAGUUUAGUUAAGUUUCAUCACAUAAGCUUAUGGAAAUAUAUGAAUUUUGUUAUUUAGACUUAUGUUGCAGAAGGGGAAUAGUAGCUGCUGGUUGUAGCUGGUUAAAUAAAUGUUUCAUUAUAUAGAAAAAGGUCAGUUUUGCCACAUAUGAAAUCUAUUUUUAACUGACCACAAAACUCCCUCCUUUAUGUGAGCUUUAAAUAUGGAUGAGCAAAUGGCUACCCAGUGGCCUACUUAGGACCAUUAUGCCACCUGAGGUGGCAUAGCCCUGCUGCCCUCUAAAUUAAUCUCCUGCUAUUUGGAUAUGGAGGACAUUUGUGUAAUAAGGUAUUUUGUGCAUUCAUUAAAAAAAAAAAAACUUUCACUCAAUAUUACUUGCAGUCCAUAUUUCACUUUCUGUAAACAGGCAAAAGUUAAUAAAAUAAAACCAUUUUGCUUUUAA